AUGAAGGUUCCCGGCACUAUGGAACCUGCAGUUCGGCUCAGUCUCCCGGAUAGGCACUUUAACGCCCAGAUCUUCAAGCCUAUUAUUCGGGCUUACGCUUUAGGCUAUCUCUCAGCAGUUACGCCCAAACUCAUCAGUCUUGCCCGACGAAUGGGAAACAAGAAUGGAUCCAUGAAACAGAAACUUCAGGAGCUGACGCACGCUCUUGCCGGGCCUUUACGAGUGAACAGCUUCCCAACGUUCUGUGGAGUUUUAGUCGGGGGAUCGACCAUCCUUCCGAUCUUGCUGUAUCGGAUAUGCGUAUGUAUUGUAGCCGGUUCUAAGGGUAACAUCCGGAUUUCCCAACAAGGCCAACGGCUCCUUCAAUUCGCGAUGGCAUUUCUAUCAGCAUGGUAUAGUUUCCAACUGCUAAACAAAAACCGUGAAAUCUCACGGCAGGAUGCCAGGGCUCGGAGAAUCUCUUCCGGCGAAGAUGACUCCAACAAUGCUCCGGUCAAUACUCUCGAGCGUCCUCAUCCGGUGUUGGUUGGGAGGACAAUGGACCUGACCCUUUUCACGGUCACAAGAGCGGUCGAUGUGAUAGCAUGUAUUGCAUGGAACAGCUGGUAUCGUCGCCGCAAAGCCAAAAAUCGCUGGACCGCCAUGGAAACCCUUGCUCCUGGUCUAGCUGACGCCGGGGUUUUUGCUUCGAGUGCAGCCAUAGUCAUGUGGGCCUGGUUCUAUCUGCCCGAACGGUUGCCACGGACGUACGAGAAAUGGAUUGGAGAGGUGGCCAAGGUGGAUACACGUUUAAUCGAAGCCCUUCGUCGCGCUCGCCGCGGGGUCUUUAUUUACGGAAAGGAUACAGGCCAGGCCCCGCUCCUCGAAUCCAUGUGCAGGGACUAUAAUUGGCCUGAGGAAUGGGGGGAUCCAUCUAAGGUGGCUCCCAUUCCCUGCGAAAUGGUACACAUGGGCGCCGGUCCAAACUGUGAGAAACACGCGGUAUCGCGCUUUGUCAGAACUUUCAAGUUUGCUUGUGCAACCUAUAUCCCACUACAAAUUGUCCUUCGCCUACGGAGCAUGAAGUCUCCGGCUGCAUUGGGCCGUGCUAUCUCUGACGCUGCCCGGUCAUCUGCCUUCCUUGCCUCAUUUGUCAGCCUUUUUUACUACUCCGUUUGCCUAGCCCGGACACGGCUUGGCCCCAAGAUGUUUGAUCCAAAGACUGUCACUCCGUUAAUGUGGGACUCUGGCCUCUGUGUUGGGGCCGGAUGUCUCAUGUGCGGCUGGAGUGUACUGGUUGAGAAAGCGCGGAAGAGACAGGAGUUGGCGCUCUUUGUGGCACCUCGGGCUGCGGCCACGUAUGUCCAACCCUCGCAUUGCCCUUUGGUCACACCCAGACGGACCGUGCUUCUCUAUUCCUCCAACCCCGAGAAUUUUGUUUAUCAAUGCCGUGAGCGCAUUGCUUUUUCCAUCAGCGCUGCGAUACUUCUAACAUGUCUUCUUGAAAGACCACGCAUGGUCCGUGGAGUUUUCGGCCGCAUUACGACAAGUGUGUUGAAGUUAUUCCCUUCGUGGGGGCCUCGCCCAUUGAAAGGUGUCAUUCCAACACGAUCAAUAUAUCUCCGAAAGGGUGUAUUUCAAGCAGAGAAGAGGUACUUCUCGAGGAAUUCCUUCCUGCAUGCAAAACACCAUGCCUCUUCCGCACCGUUCAAUACUCCUCAGUCGCAGCAGCGCAACACCUCUACAAUGUACUACACCAUCAGUAUGAUUCUGGGAACUGUAGCACUUGCCUACGGCUCCGUCCCUCUCUAUAAAAUGAUUUGUCAACAAACUGGCUGGGGUGGUCAACCUAUCACGACCCACCGCGGCGGCGGCGAAGACACAGCAUCCCGCGUGACGCCUGUGACCGACUCCCGCCGGCUCCGCAUCACAUUCAACGGCUCUGUUUCCGAUGUCCUGCCAUGGAAGUUCACUCCGCAACAACGCGAAGUCCGGGUGCUGCCGGGCGAGACUGCACUGGCCUUUUACACUGCAACCAACAAGGGCCCUAACGAUAUCAUCGGAGUUGCGACAUAUAGUGUCACUCCAGGCCAGGUUGCGCCAUACUUCAGUAAGAUUCAAUGCUUCUGCUUUGAGGAGCAGAAGCUCAAUGCUGGCGAGUCGGUUGAUAUGCCUGUCUUCUUCUUCAUUGAUCCAGACUUUGCUACGGAUCCCACUAUGAAGGGCAUUGAUACAAUUACAUUGUCUUACACCUUCUUCAAAGCGAAAUAUGACGAUAACGGAGUGCUGAAGCCGAUUGCUUCUUGA